CUCUGACCUAAUACCAUCUCGCGUCAUGGCGUCCGUUAUCGAGUGGUUGAAUGGUGGCAGAGCUGAGGACAAAAUGUCGGCAGCCGCACGACUCACACAGCAGCGACACCUGAAGUACCGCGCAGGCAAGAAGGCCCGGGCUCUGGAACUGCUGCAGACCAAGGACGCCCUCGAAGCGACGGUCCAGAGUUUGCAGGACCGAGCCCGAUCUCGAAAACCCACGAGCCUGUUGUCAUGGAAGAGCAUCUCCGUGGCGCUUAGGGACAGCAGGGACGACGCGCAUCGACAGAACCGCGAUCUGCGGGCCCAGAUUCACGCAUUGCAACGGCUCAUGAGCGAGUUAGGAGCGUGGGUCGACAUGACGAAGGAACUGAACCCGUCGUGUCCGACGUGGCGAGACACGAGCCUUCCGCAGCACCCCGAGUCCCGUCGAAUGGCCAAGGCGUGGAUCACCCAGCGCAUGCUUCACAGCACCGACGCCAUGUUCCAGCAGCAUGGGUUUCCAGCGUGGGAUGCUCCCCAGGAAGUCAAGGAUGUGUGGUGCGACGAGGACUUUACCUUCUCGGACAUGGGCAUCGUGUGCAGAAGUCGGCGCAAUUACAUUGACCAGCAGUCUCUAGAGGACGCUAUUUCGUUCAUCCAGAACCAUUGUCUGGCUGCGGUGCUCAUCCUAGCUCCCAAAGACACUAUCACUUAUGAAACCCAAGAAACGAGUACCCAGCUCAACACAGUAGUGACCCCCACUGGCGAGUUUGUCAACAUCCUCUGCGCCGCCUUCCAUCAAGGCCCUGACCGAUGCACGCUCGUGGUCCGCCAUAUCGUUCAAGACGACUUGCAUGCUCAUCCUUCGGGGUGUCGGCAGCGCAGUCGCACCAUGUGGUUUGACUUCCUUCGAGUACGUGGCGGCUGCACGCGGAAGCGAGUGCUCACGUUUACGUCCCAGUGCCAUUUCACAGGAGAGUUCGACUUGGAGGCGGAAGCCAACACGCUGGGGCUGAGUCUAACCAACUGCCCCGACCAUUUGAAGGAGUCGCGGUUUCGUCUCCAUGUUGUACAGAUGACACAGAGUCUGCGAAGUCAAGUCCAACGGGACCAUUUCCACGCGACAAAGUGAUAGUAGUCGGACAAAAAAGAGUGCAAUCCAUAGGCGACCCUGGUUGAUAGCCUCGUUAAAAUUUAUACAUCUUUGAC